ACGCUCAGACCGUCUAUUCUCCGAUCCGCUCUCCCUCUGAUUUCCCUCGUUUCGAUCGACAUUCUUUCUCACUCUACCCCUCUACCAAUGGAAGAAGAUAAAUCAUUCUCCUCGAUCCCGGACUCAAUCAGCCACUCCGACGACACCAACCACGGCUGGCAGAAGGUCACCGCCAAGAAACAGCGCAAAAACCAGAACAAGAAAGCCGUCGCCGAUUCCUCAAAGCUGCCUAACGGAUCUGCAAUCGCGCCGGACAAGAACAGCGUUUUCAAGGGCUUGGAGAAGCACGCGGAGGAGCGCCGCCGGAAAUUGGAGGCGCAGCGCGCCGCCGCGGUUUACGACGACGACGACAUUGGCACGGCGGCGCGAUCGAGGAAUAACCGCGGCCGGGAUGAGGACGACGACGAUCUCAGCAGCGAUGCUGAUGUUAAGAGUAAUGCGGUGGAGGUCACCAAGAAGGAGAAGCAGAAGAAGGUUAAGAAGCCUAAAGUUACUGUGUCGGAGGCUGCAGCUAAGAUCGAUGCCGAUGACCUCGUCGCCUUUCUUUCUAGUGUUUCGGAAUCGUAUGAAGGGCAGCAGGAUAUUCAGUUGAUGAGGUUUGCGGAUUACUUUGGGCGUGCAUUUUCUGCGGUGAGCGCGUCGCAGUUCCCCUGGCUUAAGUUGUUCAGGGAAUCUCCGGUGGCUAAGAUUGCCGAUGUCCCUGUUUCUUAUAUAUCCGAAGCUGUUUACAAGGCAUCAGUUGACUGGAUCAAUCAACGUUCUUUUGAGGCUUUAGGAACCUUUGUACUCUGGUCAUUAGAUAGCAUUCUGGCAGAUAUGGCUGCUCAACAAUCUGGGACUAAAGUUUCGAAGAAAGGAGUGAAUGCAGCAUCUUCAAAGUCUCAAGUUGCUAUAUUUUUGGUUCUAGCAAUGGUAUUACGCCGUAAACCUGAUGUGCUGAUUAACCUGUUGCCAAAGUUGAGCGAAAACUCGAAAUAUCAAGGGCAAGAUAAGCUUCCAGUUGUAAUAUGGAUGAUAGUGCAGGCAAGCCAAGUAGAUGUAGCUGUAGGAUUGUAUCUAUGGUCACGUCAGAUUUUACCAAUACUUGGAGGGAAAUCUGGAUCUAAUCCACAUACUAGGGAUUUGGUUUUGCAGUUAGUAGAAAGAAUUCUAGCCGCACCUAAAGCUCGUAGCAUAUUAGUAAACAAUGCUGUUAGAAAGGGUGAGCGCCUGAUUCCACCUGCGGCACUUGACCUGUUGCUACGCGUAACAUUUCCUGCACCUUCUGCCCGAGUUAAGGCCACUGAAAGAUUUGAGGCAAUCUACCCACUUUUGAAAGAUGUUGCUCUUGCUGGUUCACCUGGAAGCAAAGCAAUGAAGCAAGUGUCACUGCAGAUACAAACUUUAAUUGUGAAAACAGCUGGAGAAGGGAUCCCUGCACUAUCUGCGGAAACAAGUAGCAUCUUUAUAUGGUGUUUGAGGCAGAAUCCUGAUUGUUUCAAGCAAUGGGAGACGAUUUAUGCUAAUAACAUAGAGGCUAGUGUUGCUGCCUUGAAAAAACUUGCUGAGAAUUGGAAGAAUUUUUCAUCAAAACAGUCUUCUCUUCAAGUCAGGGAAACUCUGAAGAGUUUCAUGCAUAAGAAUGAGAAAGCCUUGAAUGGUGGAGCUGAUGCUACUCGCCAAGCUCUAUUCAAGGAGGCUGAUAAAUACUGUAAGACAAUAUCAGGAAAGCUCUCCAGUGGUCCUGGCUGCGUGAAAGCAGUGUUCUUUACUCUCGCGGUGUUUGCUGUUGGUGCCGCAGUUGUGUUCCCGAACGUUGAUGAAUGGGACUUCAACAAGUUGCUUGCUGAGGCCCAGAAAUCGUUCUGAUCAAAGUUUUGAAUAUAGAUUUUCCGGAUCUCCAAGGCAAAAACUAAUUCGAGGUGUGAACGAAAUAAAGUGACGAAAGAGAGAGAUAGGUGUUUGUGCAAUAGCAAGCCUGAUGAUGAGCUUUACUAAAAGUAUAAUAUUCGGCAUGUAAAAGAAGGAAGUUUGAUGGAUCAUAUGGAACUAAUUUUUCUUUUUUUUCCUGCUUAGAGUUAGAGAUAGUCCUUGAUGUAAUCAGAACUAAUCUCGGCAGUUUGCUUCAUGAGCACACAGAAAUCGAUACUUUUUUCUUUUUCUCC